UUACCAACGACUUUGGAAAUUACUCUUUCGGAUGAGCAGUAACUGCUUAUUGUUGUCAUGGCGACUGCACGCGAUUUGAAAGAUGCCCUAAAGGAAGCUUUAUCCAAAUCUGGAGCGCUGUCCGAGAUUAGGGCAAGAUUGCGUGCUGAAGUUUUCAGUGUGUUACAGGAUGAAAAUGAACCUCCUCCACCUUUAUCAAAUGAAAAUUUAAUGAUCAAUGAAUUGAUCAGAGAAUAUUUAAUAUAUAAUGGUUAUUUGUUUACAGAAUCAGUCUUAGUGGCAGAAUCUGGACAACCACAGUUUCAAUUAGAAAGUGAAUUUCUGAAAGACUGGUUACGAGUUAAAUCCACUAAAGGUGCUGAAGAACUGCCACUUUUAUAUGGACUGAUAGCAAGUAUUAAAGAAGGUACCAAACCAUCAGCAUCCUCAGAUGUGCCUGUUUCAUCAACUCAGACAUAGAAAUUUAGAUUUUGUAUAGUUCUGAUUGUGUAUACAACUAAUAUUGCUUUUUUUAAAUAAAUAUUUAAUGUCAAUA